GAAAAAGCUUCACCAUCCUCGCUAAAGUACAAAAUAAAAAAUUUGGACACAAGCGUUGGAUUAUGGGAAAUUCGCCUUGCUACUCGGCCUAAAGUGCCAAAUGAGGAUGGCAUGACAUGUUUUAAAUUCUCGAACGAAAAUCCUACGGUUGUUUCCAAAUCAUGGCUUGGGGAAUUUGUCAAGAUGGCGAUUGUUAGUUACGAUGCUCGAGAUGAAAAUCCUAUAUUC